CUGACUGGGUAAACUGGCAAUAACUUGAACGGACGCGAGAAGAAAACAUUGGUACAAUGAAGUCUUUAUUCGGGAGUCUCGUCUACUGCAUUUUCCUCUUUGUGUCUGAUGUAUACGGAACGCACCGUUUGCAUGGAUUCGAUCCACAGAAGGUUACUGCUCAAAGUUAUGCACAACGUAGAAAUAUUGCCCGGCCACCGCUGCGGACGCUCGCUCCUUCAGCGACAGACAAUUCGUGCAGGAGCCGUCCCCUGGACCUGGUCUUCAUCAUCGACAGCUCCCGCAGCGUGCGCCCUGGCGAGUUUGAGAAGGUCAAGAUCUUCCUGGCCGACAUGGUCGACACCUUGGACGUGGGACCAGAAGCCACCCGUGUGGCUGUGGUCAACUAUGCCAGCACGGUCAAGAUCGAGUUCCUGCUCAAGGCUCACCUGAACAAGCCCAACAUGAAGCAGGCUAUCACCCGCAUCGAGCCCCUCGCCGCCGGCACCAUGACUGGCCUGGCCAUCAAGUCGGCCAUGACCGAGGCCUUCACCGAAGAGUCAGGCGCCCGGCCAAAGUCAAAGAACAUCGCCAAGGUGGCCAUCAUCGUGACAGACGGGCGUCCUCAGGACCAGGUGGAGGAGGUGUCAGCGGCUGCCCGGGGGUCCGGCAUCGAGAUCUACGCGGUGGGGGUGGACCGAGCCGACAUGACCUCUUUGCGGCUGAUGGCCAGCAACCCUCUGGAAGACCACGUGUUCUACGUGGAGACCUACGGCGUCAUCGAGAAGCUCACCUCCAAAUUCAGGGAGACCCUGUGUGGUAUGACUGAGCAGGGUGGUCCAGGUUGGGACCCAUGUGACAUGGGACACGACUGUGAGGACAUGUGUGUUAGCAGCAGCAGCAACAACUCCUAUCACUGCGAGUGUCGGGAAGGGUAUCUCUUGAACACGGACAAGAAAACAUGUUCCCAGAGUGUGGACCCCUGUGCCAUGGGACACGACUGUGAGCACAUAUGUGUCAGCAGCAACGCGUCCCAUCACUGCAAGUGUCGGAUGGGCUAUAUCUUGAACCUGGACCAGAAAACGUGUACUCUGAAACAGAUUAAGGCGGCGGUGGUGGUGGAUGACCCUUGUAAGUGUGAAGCCAGACUGGCUUUCCAGAUGCAGACACAGGCCGCCCUCCAGGAGAUCACUGCCAGACUAGCUGACAUGACAGGAAGGGUGGAACAGAUUGAGAACAUUUUGGGACCUGUCUAAGUUGAGGAAGAAACGCAGGGUCAGCCAACCUCCGAUGGCCCCGCCGUCAGUCACGGACCACUGCAACACAGGCAUGUACUACUACUGCUGUCCUCCAUCACAUCGGCGGAUAUCGACAACAACAGACAGUGGAACUUUGGAUAAACAACACUGCAACAGCUAGAAGGAAAUGAUGUCAGUCCAUGGUUCUUUAAACAAGCUAUUCGCCUUAGGUCAGGACUGUAUCAGGGAAUUAUAGGGGCUAAUGGUGUCAGUCUGUCCAUAUAUGAGCAUCAGGUUCCCACGAAACGUUAUAGUAUAUAACGGUAUACACCUUUUAGAAAUGUGCUAAAUACAUCUAUUGUAUUAAUUCAUUUUCAUCAACUCUGCUUCAGCUAACACAUUUGAAAUUUGUUUUUGGAAGUUUCUUUGAAGUAUAUUGAGAAAUUGAAAUCAUGUUCAGUAGGGACCAGUCAGUGAGUGGCAGUGCUUUUAAGAUUUUGUUUUAUUUUAACAGAUUUUAGAAAUGUUAUACUAUAUGAUCAUUUCCAAUCUGGUAGAAAUAUGUCAUUUGUUUUUUGUGCCCGCCAUAUAUAAGGUAUUUUUGUUAGGUUGUGUCAGUGCAAAAUGUUGAACGCUAUAAUGUGAGGAAAAUGUAC